CAGAAUGGCGGUUGGCGAUGGAAACUGGUGAAGUGAACUUAAAAAUUUACGGCGUUGGUCGCGAGUGUAAUUGUAUUUCCUCGACAUCUUCUAGCAGCUCUUGCAUGCCUCUACCUGCAGUGGUAUAAUCGGAUCAACUAGCUUCUAUAAGAUACCUUCCAAUUGCUGAAGCCAAGGCGCAAAGUCCCAGCCAAAGAGAAAGGGUGAAAACAAUUAGAUGCCACCACCCCGCAAAUCCAAGCAGUCGCUAUCAGGCAAGCAACGCGGCGACGGCGCGUCCGGCAAGAAGAAGGCAGGCGGCAAGAAGCAGUUUGUGCCAGUAAGCGAGGACGAUUAUCUGUAUGUUGGGUCGAUAGAGGAGGAGCAUGGGGAUCGGUGGACGAUCGGUGAUCCUGAUAAGGCGCAUCGGUUUUAUAUCCACGCUCUGGAGUACUACGAUACAUGUCUGAGCAAGUUUCCGAACUCCUUUGACGCCGCGUAUAACAAGUGCAGACUUGAAUUUCACAUAUACCAGUUAUUCUACUCAAGGUCUAUCUUGUCCGAUAGCAGCACGCCGUCGCCGAGUACUACCGGCAAUCUGCCGGAGUUCACGAUGAUUAUGAGGACGAUGAGGGAAGAUCGGUUGGCGGUGCAGAAUAAGAUUCUGGAGGAUCAUAGACACGCAUUGGUAUUGGCUCAGCAGCGACGGCGGCCAGUUGCUCAACCGACAGUAGCAGCAGGAGCGAGCGACACGGAGGGCGAUCAGCAAGCUGCAGCGCCUCUUGGUGAACCUCUCCCGCCCCCCUCCGAUCUACUUUACAACAUGGCGCAAGUACAGCUCUCGGUUGCAGAAGAGCAAUACAGCGCGGCGCCGUAUCGCGCAGCUCUGGAGACGUUUGAGCAGACCUGGGAUGCGCAGCGAGCAGAGCUUGAGGUUUUGCAAAACGAGCUUGCGAGUUCUGGUGGCGAUUCAGCGAGUGAAAAGAUGGAAGGCGACGAGGAUGACGACGAGGACGGGAACGGGCAGGCGGAGGAGUACGCGACGGUGAUUGAGCCGACGACGUAUGCCUCGCUUCUGGAGACUGCCACUGCGGAGCUCUCGUGUUUGAUACCGAUCUACACUAUUUCAUUGUCGCUGUCGCCGUCGCCGACAGCAGGACCGCAGGAAGACGCAGAGGUGCUUGCACAGUCGGGAACGGUGUUUAUGCAGCGUAUCGCGACGCUGCUGGCUAAUCAAGGUCAGCUGGGGAUUGACGCCGAGGCGCAUGCUGAUACGAUUGCGGACGCGGCGCUGAUGGCGACGAGAUAUGUUGCCGUCAGUGGAUAUCCGUUUUCGACACCGGAGUGUAGACCUUCAGGGAAUCUGGCGAGGUUACAGGCUAUUUGGUAUUCGGCUGAGACAGCAGAGUCACCGGACGUUUACUUGCUCAACUACGUGAUCGAGCCAAUGCCGGUACCGGGGCUGACGAACGAGCACAGAAUCACGCUUCGAAAUAUACUAGAGCUCGCGCCAGAGAUCUCCGAGCGUUACCUCGCGCAGAGCGAGAUGUUUACCCAGCUCGGACUCCUUGCGGCGGCUCACGCAGUUGAGCUCGAGACAGGCGCCGAAAACGAGUUUGGCGCUAUGGCCUGGUCAUCGCUGUCUAUUGCCUCGCAGGCGCUGUCGAAGGCGCUCAAUGCUUUACUGCAGCAGAACGCAGCGCCGAGCGCGGUGGUCGUGGGCGCGUCGAUGACGCUCAAGAGCCGGUUGGCGCAGGUUCGAAUUUGGACGCAGCGCGGCGACGUGGAUCUGAUACGGUCAAAUCUGAGUCGCGUGUCAGCGAGCGCGGCGAAGAACGCGGUGAUCUUGCGCAAAAACGCAGAGAUUUACUACAAGAACGCGGUCAAGCUCGCGAGUUUCCUGAAGAACGAUCCAGAGAUGCGCGACGCGGCGGGCGAGGCGGCAGUCAAAUGCGCGAUCGUGACGGGUAAUAGAGAGGAAGUGCUGCAGUACGGGAGAUGGCGGGAGAUUGUGGCAGAGGCUAUUGAGGAUGCGGUGUUUGACGAGGCUACGAUACGGGCGGUUGUGGGCGAGUGAGUGGAUACUGG